AAACGCUCAACAGUCAUGACUGGUCGCGGUAAAGGUGGUAAAGGUUUGGGCAAAGGUGGAGCCAAGCGUCAUAGGAAAGUACUACGAGACAACAUCCAAGGUAUCACCAAACCCGCUAUCAGGAGAUUGGCUAGGCGUGGAGGUGUCAAACGUAUUUCUGGCCUCAUUUACGAAGAAACUCGUGGAGUGUUGAAGGUGUUCCUGGAAAAUGUAAUCAGGGACGCUGUCACAUAUACCGAGCAUGCAAAGAGAAAAACUGUUACCGCCAUGGACGUAGUAUAUGCCCUCAAACGUCAAGGACGUACAUUGUACGGUUUCGGCGGUUGA